AUGCUAGUUACAUGCUACGAAGCAUCGUCGAUCCAAAAGAAGUCCGCGACACAGACGUCAUGGGGGCACCCAGGCAAAAGGGAAAUCGAAUGUCUGGAAUCCUCGUCGAAGCCUCGAACUUGCCCGGGGGUGGUAUCCACCGCCCCUGCCAGGGGCGAAAUUCAAGGACGAAAAGACGAGGCAGCAAACCAGGUGAUUCGUCAUUCUAGUGACACUCUCACGAUGGGGGGGAUGAGCUCCCUCGGCACCGCCCGUCAGUCAUCAGGCAAUGCUCAGGAGACUGUGGCUGGAGACUUGGACAGACAGGCAGAAUCCUCGCUCCUUUCUCGUCUUGCCUCCCCUUCGGAUUGUCUGGGUGAUGUGGCGUCUGGUUUGUUGUCGACAACUCAACUUUUGCCAGUUGCUGAUGCUGUCCAAAGGUGGAAUCAAUUGCUGCACAGCAAGCUCCAGUUUAUUAGAAACGACCCGCGAAAGUCCAAAAUAGCAGUCGUCGUCGUCGUCGUCCUACCCAAGUGGUCUACUACUACUAUUCCUGUCACACGGACAAAGUACGGUUUUACCCUACCUCAGCUAGGUAGCUCAAACGUUUCAGUAAAUGAUAGAUGGAUAGAUAGCUCCAAGCUUAAUAUCAGCAACCAACUACUUCCGGAUCUAGUCAGUAAGCUACCUACCUUAGCAGAAACAGUAAUACUCUCAUUGACUCCCAACAAAUACACCAACCUUAGUAAGCACACCGCUACAUCCAUCCCACUCAACCGAACCGUGCCCAUCCAGCCCCUGUGCCUGCAUCCCUCUUAUGUAAUAUCUUAUCCACUAGAGCACUGUAAUUGGAUUAGUGCCUUACUGCCAGGUCAGCAGGCAAGGCUAGACCCGAAUCCGGGUCAUACUGGGUUACUUACUACUACUGUUUUCGAGGACGAAGUGAUGCUGAGGACUGGAUGGUGUCUGACUGGCUGGGUGGCUGGCUACGCUGAAGGAGUUCUGGACUUGGGCUUAGGUCAGUGUGAAGACUUGCCUUCCAUACUCAUGGAGGGUAUAGGAAUGAUCUUCUAUGAAGACUUGCUCGAGGAGAUGGGGCUGUACUCAUUGCUAAGUGCCAUGUAG